AUGGACUCACGAAUAGUUCCAAACUCCUACAUUGCGCUUCAGCUGCCGUCAGGAACAACCAAAGUUUUACAGGUAGUUCCAUACACAAACAUUUCACUGGGAAAGUACGGCUCUUUCCCGGCAAACCAAAUCAUUGGACGGCCGUUCCACCUUACAUUCGAGAUACUCGAUGAACCGGAUGAACGUGGACAUGUCUUGCGUGUUGUCCCAGCUGCAGAAUUGCAUACUGAAUCGUUGAUGACGGAUGGGUCUUCGGCGGAGCUUGAAGACGGGGUGGAAGCCGAAACUGGUCGUCGAGAGGAUGAUGCUCCUAACCCCCGCGACAACCGCAACAUCCAAGACGAUAACUCAGCCCAGCUCCUAACAAUGGAAGAAAUUGAGAAUUUAAAACAAGGAACGACUGGUGCUGGAAAGGAGAUUAUCGCAAAGUUACUGCAAUCGCAUUCUAUGCUAGACCAAAAGACGGCUUUUUCUCGCGCCAAGUAUACCCUUAGGAAGAGAAGAAAAUACUUGAAGAGAUUCACUCCGCUUCCGCUUGAUGUGUCACUACUCACCAAUUGGAUGCUUAAUGACAAGGAUUCGUCCAGGACAAUGGAACUUCGCGACGAGUUAGUGGGGUUAAUAGGCUGUUGGGCCAAUGUUCACCAUGGCGGGGACGAUAUCCUUUCAGAUCCAACAGACUCUGAACCUCGUGGCAGGUGGCUCAUGGUUGAUGAUACAGGCGGGUUACUUGUUGCCGCGAUGGCAGAAAGAAUGGGAAUACUUUACCCCUCCCCAGCAGAGAUGAGCCAAGCGUCUCUCGAAUCCGUGCCUGAGGAAACCGAAGUCGAAAUGGAAACAGUACAAACAACUGACCUGGAUGAUACUGCGGAGAAUGGCUCUACAGCUCCACGGCCAUCACAGCGCCGGCACCGAGAGCCGGGUAUGUCAGCAAAAAGCACAAGCAUCACACUAAUACACCCAAACUUUCAACCCAACCUUACCUUUUUGAAAUAUUUCGCUUAUGACCUGAACGAUCCGCCCGAAAACCACCCCCUUCACACUAACCUUAAAACACUCUCUUGGAUCCAACUUGUUGAUCCAGAGUCUGAUAACACCUAUGCUAACGAGCCCGCUUUGGUACCCGAUUCCGUCCUCGAGGAGUGGAAACCUAGUAAGAGAGGUGGUUAUUAUCGAAAACGACGCCGAUGGACAAGAGUUCGCUCUGUUGUAGAAGAAACUCGUGCCGGUGGUUUCGAUGGUUUGAUUGUGGCGACCCUAAUGGACCCCGUUUCCGUUUUGAAAUACACGGUUCCAUUGCUCGCUGGCUCAGCGCCGGUGGUGGUAUACUCACCACAUAUUGAGCCACUUGUGAAGCUUGCUGAUCUAUACUCUACGCUGCGCCGCGCCGCUUAUCUGAACCAGAAGCAGCGCGCCAACGAAGAACGAAUUGCCAAUGAUGAGUCCAACGAUGCCGAAGAGCGAGAAGGCAAUACGGGAAAUAGCCCGCAGGCCUUUACUUAUGACGAGGAAGACUUCCCGGUUGAUCCCUCGCUUCUGCUGGCCCCAUCGAUCCAGACAUCGCGCGUCCGGCCCUGGCAGGUGCUCCCAGGACGCACGCAUCCCCUUAUGACGGGGCGAGGGGGUGCAGAAGGCUAUGUAUUUCACGCCACACGCGUGAUCCCAGCAGGAGGGAAAGUCGAAGCUCGGGGCGUUCCGGGCAGGAAGAAGAGAAAGCUCGCUGCUGAUACUCCCGAGCAGUCGAGGGCAAGCGAGGCCGAUGGUGACUCGUAA